AUGGCACAGACCAACAGCGGUGGGCAGGGGACCAACGGGGUAGCGGAUGAGUCCCCCAACAUGAUAGUGUACAGAAAGAUGGAGGAAGUAAUAGCACGCAUGCAGGAUGAGAAAAAUGGCAUCCCCAUCCGAACGGUGAAAAGUUUUCUAACCAAGAUCCCCAGUGUUUUUUCAGGUUCUGAUAUUGUACAGUGGAUGAUCAAGAAUCUGGACAUUGAAGAUCAAGUGGAGGCUCUUCACCUAGGAACUCUGAUGGCUGCACAUGGUUACUUCUUCCCCAUCUCAGACCACGUCCUCACUCUCAAAGAUGAUGGCACUUUCUAUAGGUUUCAGACUCCAUACUUUUGGCCAUCAAACUGCUGGGAACCUGAAAACACAGACUAUGCUGUUUACCUCUGCAAAAGAACAAUGCAAAAUAAAGCGCGUCUGGAGCUUGCAGACUAUGAAGCGGAGAGCUUAGCAAGGCUACAGAGAGCUUUCGCCAGGAAAUGGGAGUUCAUUUUUAUGCAAGCAGAAGCACAAGCGAAGGUGGACAAGAAAAGAGACAAAAUUGAGAGGAAAAUUCUUGACAGUCAGGAAAGAGCAUUCUGGGACGUGCACAGACCAGUGCCUGGAUGUGUGAAUACAACAGAAGUCGACAUAAAGAAGUCCUCCAGAAUGAAAAAUCCCCACAAAACCAGAAAGUCUGUGUAUGGGCUGCAGAACGAUAUCCGUACCCACAGCCCAACUCACACCCCUGCCCCAGAGGCCAAGCAGCCCACAGAAGAAGAACUGCAGGAACAGAUCACCUUUUGGCAAUUGCAAUUAGACAGGCAUCGACUGAAAAUGUCCAAAGUGGCAGAGAGUUUGCUGGGCUACACAGAGCAGUACGUUGAAUACGACCCCUUCCUCAUGCCUCCAGAUCCAUCCAACCCCUGGAUCUCAGAUGACACCACACUCUGGGAGCUCGAAGCCAGUAAGGAGCCAAGUCAGCAGAGGGUAAAGAGGUGGGCUUUUGGCAUCGACGAGGUCUUCAAAGACCCUGUGGGGAGAGAGCAGUUCCUCAAGUUCCUGGAGUCUGAGUUCAGCUCGGAGAAUCUCAGGUUCUGGCUAGCGGUCCAAGAACUAAAGAAGCGCCCCAUCAGAGAAGUUCCAACUCGGGUUCAAGAGAUCUGGCAGGAGUUUCUGGCCCCCGGAGCGCCCAGUGCCAUCAACGUGGACUCCAAGAGCUACGACAAAACCACCCAGAAUGUCAAAGAUCCUGGACGCUACGCCUUUGAGGAUGCACAGGAACACAUCUACAAGUUGAUGAAGAGUGAUUCAUACAGCCGUUUCAUCCGUUCCAGUGCCUACCAGGAGUUAUUACAGGCCAAGAAGAAGAAAAGUAAGAAUUUGUUCUGAAGGCUCUUGCUUCCAGUGGAAACCACUAGCAUCCAAGAGGCUGACCAGUCGUGUGCCAUCAUGCUAAAAUCAAUGCCAUCCCUCUCUCUUGGACAUGGAGAGGAAGACCAUCUCAU